GAGAGAGAGAGAGAGAGAGAGAGAGAGAGAGAUCUGCGUGAGGUUGAUAUAGCAGUGCAUUAACAGCUAGUACAGUUGAACUGAAUAAUGCAUGUUGCGUAUAAGAAUGAUUGAAAACUACCUAGUGACACCGUAGUACUUUGGGCAAGUGGAAAACUUGGGUGAUUUUUUUUUUAUGAUACAGCGUAAUGGUAACAGUAAUAUAAUGGGUGAAAAAUAUAUGAUAUAAAAGAAUGAAAAAGAAAGGAGAGAGAGAGAAAAAAAUAAAUAAAUAAACGACAGCACGAUUGCCUGGCACGGGCACAAGUAUACAAGUUAUUCCCAGAUGAAGCUCACCACACCUCUUAAGUUGCUGGCGUGUACUUUGUUCCUUAUACUGAGCCGGGAAGAAAUCCCAUCUUACAUCAAUAUGAAUAUCAAAAGUAAAUAGCAGUAUUCAUACCACUCAUAUCCUAACAGAGGGAGGCAAUAUAACCUGGUAAAAUAAAAGUACAAAAUCAGUUGGUGGCACCUCGCGGAUACAGGGAAACUGGGGAGCGGGGAUGGAGAGGAAAGUGAUUUAAGAGUUCAGUAGCAUGUGUUGUCGUGAGCGGGUAGGGUGUGCUCGGGGGUCUCUCGUGUCAUCUCGUCUUGCUCGUUCUUAGUGACACGUUUGAGAGUGCAGAAUCGCUUUAAAGGCUUUAUAUGACUAGUAAAUUGGUGGAUCAAUAGAUAUAUCGUGAUGCCGAGAGUUCACGGGCCAUGGAUGACUCUAUGAAGGAAUUAGUGAUUUUCUUUUUAUGAGUUACUGAGGUGCUGCGAGUAAACAGGUGACAAAAAAAAAAAAAAAAAGUGAGUUGAUUGCGUAGGUGAAGCGUUGAAGGAACACAAGCUUGACAAUGACCGAUAGCCACACUUAUAUCAACACAGGACCCGCCACCACCAAGACAGCCGAUACUGCAGACAUCGACUUCCUGACAGAUGCUAAUGUAUAUUACAACCUACCACCUCCUUUACCCAUGGGGCUCUGCCGGGGGGCGUCACUCCCUCGUGGACGUUACGCAGCGCAACAUCAGCUGAUGCGGGCAUCUUCAUCCUGCCCUGCAUCACCCAAACUGACUACUGUUACUGCUGCUGCUCCUGUACCAACCACUGAUGUCAACACCCGUGGGAAGAGAGAAGGGGAGGCUCUUGCACGUCCCGUGAAGUCGCCUUUUCCCAUCACGCCCAGGAGGAACGAUGCUACUCAGGAAAAUGGAGGGAAAGAUGCACCGCUGCCGCCGCUGAAGGCGAGAGGAGUUCCAAAGCCGAGGAGUAAAAUGCUACCACAUACGCGCUCCUUCGAUCUCGACCACAUAUGUCAGAAUCUGGUGAGGGUAGCCACUAAGCCUCGCAGUAAUUCCUUCAGCAUUGAUCUUCCAUGGAGACGGAGGAAGAAGGUGGUGGAUGCCACGCCUCCAGGUAUUAGAGAAGAUUCCGGUGAAGAUGGCCACAUCGGGCUUGGACAAAACCAGGCAGGUGCCUCAAAGCUCGAACCUCCGAGGGAGCCCAACCCGCUGUCACACUCAGAGCUUGAACACUCAAGGGAAUCCACCUGGCAGUCACACUCAGUGCCCGAACCCCCAAGGGAACCUGCUCCGAUGUCACCUGCAGACCAGGGCCCCCAGGUGCUUAACAGUAGCAACAAUAGUAGUAGCAGUAGCAGUAGUAGCAACAGCAGUAAUAGUGAAAAUUAUUGUGAUGGUGAAGACUGUUCGGCGGACGUGCGUCCUAGCGUCACUUACCUAAGGAGAUGCGGGCAGCGGAAGCAAGUUGGGCGCAGUAGCAGCAUGGGAGGAGAAGUGGUAAAUGCUCUUUAUCAUUGCACUGCUACGCUUCCUCUUCAUUCAAGAAGUGCGUCCAGUCCCGUCGACAGUUCCAAGGCGAGUGCGGAUCAGCGACCUAUGCUGGACGUGAACGCAAAUCUAGAUGAAUGGUUGCGAAAGGAACGGUGGCUGGAGAAGAAACGAUGUUCAAGAAACUUCCGGUCAUCAAAUGAGAGCGGUGAAGUGGAUAUCAGCAUCUUGCAUGCAUCCGAUGGCGAUAAGUGGAAGAAUUACCUGUAUGAGGUAUUCACCCACCUGGUGCCUGGGGAGGACAGGGGACGUAGCAUCAGAGUUGAGGCCAGCAAUGUUGAAGAAAUCGAGGAAGACUUGGGUAAGCUGCAAGCUGUCAAACUCAAAGGAGCAAAACUACAGAUUGUAAUUAUGUCACCCUGCUUCCUGGACCACAUAGCUAACCAUGGCAAGAGUGAGCUAGGUCAGGUGUUCAGGCCAGAGAAGGUGUUGGCUUUGUUACUGGGAGUGGAAAACAGUCAACUGACCAUGGCUCAUCUUUCAGCAUUGUAUUCAUACUGUGACUGGCACAAACUGAAGGUCCGUGACAUGGAUCCCAGUUUUGUAGAUGAGGUUCUGACUGAAGGUAUUAAAAUUCUGAACAACUGCGAACUUUAUUCCAAGUACCAGGAUGAAAGGAAUGCAAGAUUUAAGGUCACUCCUCGCAAAGUAACAGAGAUGCAGCAGCUGGUGCACCUUCUCCUCAAUGAUCCUAUAGAUACCAAAAAGGACAUUGAAAUUCUGAUUGAAAGUCCAGGCAAACCCAGUGUCACAGUGGAAAAAUUUAGGUUGAGGAACCCCUACACAAUAGAGUUCAGAAUGCCAGAUGAAUUCCUGGUUGGGUCAUCCCUUGUCCUAGUCACUGUAUUGGUGCAGAAGCAACAUAUUGGAUCAAGACAAUUGAAGUGCGAGAGUAGUCUGGACUCUAUGAGAGCUCAUUUGUCCACACUCUCAAAUCCAACAAUUUUUAUGUGUCAGGCACUCAACAUCAAUCAUGCAAGUAAUCAGCUGGAUCUGAAGAUGACAGAAGCAGUGAAAACUCAAGUCCCUCUCUGCAAACUUAAGGAAAAGAGAAAUGAAAAAUGCUAUUCAGAGUUUCCUACAUGGGUCCACUUCAGUGCCUAUUAUGGCCUUGAGCAACUGACUUGGGCAUUACUUGAGAUCCCUGGAGGAGAAGCAGCACUCAACAGACCAAAUCAGCAUGGGCACACUCCAUCUGUGCUGGCUUACCAGAAAGGUUUCCAUCUCCUUGCACAUAAACUCGAGGAUGCAGCUUUAAUGGCCUCCUUGGCAGAAAAGCUGAACUAUGAACCUGUCUAUUACAAGAACAUAAGCAAGGCUCAGAGUACAAAUAUUGCACUAGAGUUAUACAGCAGUCCCCCACCUCCUCGACCACUUAACUCAUCUUUGUAUGAUCACCCCCCAUCACCUCAACAAGUACUGAGACAUACAAUGGGAUCCUCAUCUGUGGAGGUUCCUCAAUGUGGUUCUGCUGGAGAUGACCCCAAUUCAGCCGUAUCAGAGCUUCCUCCUCCUCCUCCUCCUCCUCCUCCUCCUCCUCCUCCUCCUCCGCCUCCUCCUCCUCCUCCUCUUCCUUCUCUUCCUCAUCCAUGUGAGUAUAAUCCAUCCUCCACCUCACUGACAACCUCAGCCCAGAAUGAUGUAGGGAAGCAAGAUGGACGGUACCUGGACAUGAGAGCAACACAAGACUGCAGAGAAAGUGAAUUAUAUGAAUACAGUGAGGAUGUAUACACUCUUGUAACAGCAUGGCUAGAGAAGACCAAUAUGAAGGCAUUUGUUGAAACACAUCAGGAAAAAAUUGGUGAAGUUAAAAGCAAAUUGGACCUUAAUACCACAAGAGAGGAAUAUUACAGUACAGAGAGUAUAACAGGAGCCUCUGCUGAAGUGGCAGCACAUGAGGCUGAUAAGACUAUGGUAGAGCAGUUCUGUACCUUGAUAAGAGGAGCUCGUUCUUCUUGUGAGCCACCCAGUGACUCUGUUGAUGACUUGGACUGUGGGGCAACAAACAAUAUGUUGUCAGAAUCCAGAUGUGAGCUGACUGCCUGCACUGCAUCUGCUUCAAAAGUGAUAUCUGAGGAGCAAUCAGAACAAAUGGCUUCAUCCUCUGAGCCAAUGGGAUUGAAAAUUUUGCCAAAUAUGAUGCCACCUGCAUACAAUAUUGAGGAGCGUCCGCCUCAACCUCCUCCUCGAUCUUACAACCAAGAGGAAUAUUUGAAACCAGGAGACAUUAAUGCUUUCAAGAAUACUUUGGUGAUUGGAAGCACUGAAUCUGACAAUAGAACCAACAGGUAUUACACCGCCACACUGAGAAGCAGGUCUAAUUCAGCAGAGAGAGGGGCACAUUGCCAAGAUCAGACAGCAGAGAUGCUUUAUGCCACAAUUAAGUAACAAAAUUGAAUUGGUUACACAUCAGGUUAGUAUAUAGUAGAUACUUAUAUCAAAGUAGCUGAGAGAUAGCAGACAGAUAAAGAAAAUGACCAUAAAAAAGGAAGAAAGAAACAUGGUAUCACAGGUUGUAUUUUCAUAAAUGUACUGAAUUGAUACAGAAUGUAGGCAUCUUGACAGUUACUAUUGUACCUCUGGUUGUAUUUCUGGAGGUUUGUUAAGUAAUGUCAUAAUCUUGUAUUUUACACCUGCCAUGUAAUUCUCUCUCUCUCUCUCUCUCUCUCUCUCUCUCUCUCUCUCUCUCUCUCUCUCUCUCUCUCUCUCUCUCUCUCUCUCUCUCUCUCUCUCUCUCUCUCUCUCUCUCUCUCUCUCUCUCUCUCUCUCUCUCUCUCUCUCUCUCUCUCUCUCUCUGAUUUUGCUUUAAUAUGUAACAGUGUCUAUCAACCAGUUAUUAUUAUUUGUUAGAAACCAUGUAUUGUUCUGUCAAUGUACUCCAGAGGGAGUAAUCAUGAGAUGCAUGCAGAGUACUGUGGUAAAAAAGUGCAAAACUGUUCUAAAUAUUUUAAGUCAAAUGUAAGUUUGAUAUGACUAGCUUUUAGUUAUCUGAAAUAUUUUAUGAUACAAUAGUAGAGUUAAUUGUAAAAUAAUGAAACUAAAGAUUUCAUCAUUUGAUUAAAUUAUGUAUCAUUCUUAUUUUUUCACAUUGAGUUAGGAUUAAUUCAUUAAUUUCAAUAAUAUUCAUAUUUUAUCUUGAAAAUUCUGUGCAGUACAGGUAUUGGUAGGUAUUGCCAAAACUAAAUACUUCAAUGAUCAGGUAAAGUGAUGAGGUAUAGUAAUAAGAUUUUAUUGCUGUAGUAUUAUGUAUUUAAUACUGAAAAUUGUCAAUGAAAAUCAGUGGUGAGUAUUAAGUUCAUUGUCAUAUAUCCAAUUUGAAGACAAUACUAAUUGUCAAUUUUAUGAUUUAUGUAUACGAAUAGUUUUGUAAUUACUUGCUCUUCUGUUUCGUCUCUUGUUCGACUAAUAUUCAUGAUUAUUCACUUCUAACAUUGGAAGUUGAGAAGCUGUUUACAGGUAAUAUUUUAUUUUUCCCUUAGAAAGUUAGAUUGGCCUGCCCAUGGUAAUGUGUUUAACUUUUAUUAUAAAACAUGGAAAGUAGACCAUUGGUGUGCCUGCAGUGCAGGCAUCUGAGUAAUUCAAGUGACUCCUUUAGGACUAUGUCUUGGAUUGCAGGAAACUUCUUUACCUCCCUUUGAAAUACCUAAGCCAGGCUGUACUUGGUUGGCUGCUGCCAUUUUUUGAUCAUGAUCAUCCAUUUCAGCCAUCCAUGAAUUUCUCAUAUAUGAGAAAGAGUUAUAGGGGACUUUUUUUUUUAUGUGAAUAACAUUAUUUGAGAAUUGGAUUUACAGUCUUGUAAAAAGUGUCAGGUAAUACUACUAAGGGACAGUGACCAAAGAUGAUGUUUAGUGUUUAAUAUUGAUUUAAAUAAAUAUAUGUGCAUUA